UAACAAACUGCUUCCGGUUCAAUACCAGUGAUACAUUAGUUUGGAAGGCAGGUUAUGGACAGUAUGUUGCAGUUUAUGAAACUUAUCGGCCAGUUAAAGCGUGUGCCACGGACGGGCUGGGUUUACAGAAAUGUGAAGCAACCAGAAAGCGUUUCAGAUCACAUGUACAGAAUGUCUAUGAUGGCCCUCACCAUUGAAGACCGCAGCCUGAAUAAAGACAAGUGUGUGAAACUGGCUCUGGUACACGACAUGGCAGAGUGCAUUGUAGGAGACAUAGCCCCUGCAGACAACAUCAGCAAAGCAGAGAAACACAGAAGAGAGAAGGAGGCCAUGGAGCAUCUCACGGGACUACUAAACGAGGGCUUGCGAAAGGAGAUCUAUGACUUGUGGAACGAGUACGAGACCCAGGCCAGCCCGGAGGCCAAGCUGGUGAAGGAGCUGGACCAGCUGGAGAUGAUCCUACAGGCCCACGAGUACGAGCAGCUGGAGGGCACGCCGGGACGCCUGGAGGAAUUCUUUACCUCCACACAGGGCCGCUUUCACCACCCUGAAGUGCUGCGAUUGGUCGAAAGCCUGAAUGAGGAGCGGGCGAAAGGCAUGGGAAAAGGAAGGGUGGCGGUGGCGGCUCAAGCUGACAACUCACAGGACACCCAGGCAAACACACCAUCUACCUCCUCGUGACUGAAACACUGAUCUGGGACCAGGGAUGAAAAUGGGCAUGAGCUACCAGGCAAAAUGCCUGUGAAGUGAAAGUGGAUGGUGGAUUUUGAAAAGAUAAUCAGAAUUGGUUUCUUUUGAGUGUGUCAGUGGCUGGUGAAAGUUUGGCAUCGUUUAUUUCUGCCGCUGCUCACCUUGUGCGUGUGCAUGUGUGUGUGAGAGUGAGAGACACAUACAUACACGCUUUGCCUCACCUUGUUCUGUAUGUUACCAGAGGAUGUGGUAGCAUGUGAUGUUUUAUGAAAAGUGCAGAACAUUUUGUGGCCAUCCGUGUGGAAGUCAUUGUCAUUUAAGUUGUCGACCACAUGGUGGCGUUGCAGCUACUGGUUCAAACAAACAGAAUUCGGUAGUAAACUUUUGAAGUAGGACUGUGUCCUUACGCUUCCUCUGUGCAAGCAUUAUAAAGUUUACUUCAGGCAACGAGGCAAAUGCAACUCCGAAAACAAGCCCGUCAAUGUCUGUUCAGGAGUGCGUGCAGACGUCAAGCAGGCACUCAGUACUUGAAAGUCUAAAAAGGUUAUUCCUCAUGUUUGGCGAAUCACAUUCUGCUGAUUCAAUCUUACUGUUCCACGUUGUAAACUGUAAACGUAGGCAUCAUGUCAGCUGUCAGAGUUCUUAAAAAGUAAUGUAUUUAUCUGGUCAGCAUCACAAUAUUAGUUCUGUUGUUUUCAGUGCAAGAUAUUUUCAGUAUUUCAUUUGCAAAGACCAUCACGUCUGAUAUGCCACAUUGUAAUACUCUUAAAUAUAGAUUGUUUUGUUUUUUUA